AUGGAGGAAAACGGUUUUGCUGCUGGAUCGGUUCAACAUGAAGAAAACAAUGUUCCAAAAUGCAUACCAACCAUUAAUGGAGUAGAACCUACAUGUUCAUUACCAUCUACAAGUUUAGGAGCAAAAGUGGAUACAUCUAUAAAUAUUGGGAAUGCCCCACCAAUAUUUAGAAUUAAUGGUCAAAACUUCCAUUUAAUGGGAGGGUUGCUUCCUCAAGACGGUAGUAGUCCAAAAUUUGCUCAAUUGUACAUACAUGACACGGAGAAUGAGGUGGAGAAUCGCAUCAACGCAUUUAGGGGCGAUCAACAGAGUACCGAAACCCAUGUUCAAAUAGUGGAGGACAUAAAACAAGAUUUGGAUGAUCACAAUGUCUUGGUCAAAUGUUUCCGUUGGGCUCAAACGCAUAUAAAAUGCAAUUCACAAUCAGAGUUCAAGAUGAGAUUGAUUCGUAAGCGGAAUGGGGAUGCGAGAACAUACAAUUUGCCCACUGUAUCGGAAGUCGCUGCACUUAUAGUGGGGGAUCUCGAUCCAGCGCUUGGUCAUAGGGAUAUUAUAGUAGAGACAAACGCCGGAUAUCUAAAGCGGAUAAACGAGUUGAACCCUGCGUACUUACCAUUACAGUAUCCGCUGUUGUUUCCUUUCGGAGAGGACGGAUAUAGGGAGGACAUUCAAUUCUAUUUGGAUAGGCUCAGACCCACCGGUGGCAGAACUAAGGUCUCGCAGCGAGAAUUCUUUGCGUACAGGAUACAUGAGCGGUUUGGUGAGCUGUCUACGUUACUACAUGCAAAGAGACUUUUCCAACAGUUUCUGGUUGAUGCAUACACAAUGGUGGAAUCAAGCCGGCUUCUAUAUAUUCGAAAUAAUCAAAGAGCGCUACGCUGUGAGGCAUACAAAGGUCUUUCAGAUGCUUUGACGCGAGGGGAAGUUGAUACUAGCAAUCAAGGAAAAAGAAUCAUUUUACCGUCAAGUUUCACAGGGGGGGCUCGAUAUAUGAUACAGAAUUAUCAGGAUGCGAUGGCGAUUUGUCGUGCCAAAGGUUAUCCAAACUUAUUUAUAACAUUCACAUGUAACCCGAAGUGGCCAGAGAUCCAAAGGUACAUGCUAAGAUCAAACCUCAAACCAGAAGAUAGACCUGACAUUUUGUGCAGGGUUUUCAAGAUAAAGCUCGAUGAAUUGGUGAAGGAAAUUCGUGCGGGAAAGCUUUUUGGAAAAGUUGUGGCAGUUGUAUACACCAUAGAAUUUCAAAAGAGAGGUCUACCACACGCUCACAUUCUGAUUUUCCUAGAAAGACGGCCUCAAGGCUUUACAACAGAUAUGAUUGACCAAUUUAUUUCAGCCGAGAUAUCGGACCCAAUAAUGGACAACGCAUAUUUUAAUGCUGUUGACGAGUUUAUGAUUCACGGGCCAUGUGGUAGAGCAAGGCCUAAAUCUCCAUGCAUGGCAAACAACAAGUGUUCUAAACACUUCCCUAAGAAAUAUGCAGAUGUGUCAACAUUAGAUGAUGAUGGAUAUCCAAUCUACAGACGUCGUUCAAAUGGUCGAACAGUUGAUAAGAAUGGUAUAAAGUUGGAUAGUAGAUAUGUGGUGCCACAUAAUAGAUACCUUCUUCUCAAAUACAAAGCCCACAUCAACGUAGAAUGGUGUAACCAAUCUAGAUCAAUCAAGUAUCUGUUCAAGUAUGUGAACAAAGGCAAUAACAGGGUAACCGCAGAAUUCUAUAAGAGCACCGCAGAUGACCAUGCAAGUGAGCAUGUUGACGAAAUUACUAUGUUCUACGAUUGUAGAUACGUGUCAGCAUGCGAAGCUGCAUGGAGAUUGUUAAGCUUUGAGGUCCAGUACAGGCACCCGCCUGUGGAGAGGUUGAGCUUCCAUUUGCCGGAUUGUCAAUCAGUGGUAUUCCAGGAUGAUGACAGAAUUGAGAAUGUGUUAAGUCGACCAACUGUAUACCAGAGUAUGUUUACCGCGUGGUUUGAUGCUAACAAGAAGUUUCAAUCGGCAAGGGAGUUAGCUUAUAUUGACAUGCCAACAAGAUUUGUAUGGAAGAAGGAUAUUAGAGAAUGGCAUCCGAGGAAGAGGGGUUUCUCUAUUGGAAGAAUAUUUUACGUACCGCCCGGCAGUGGAGAAAUUUAUUAUUUGAGAUGUCUCUUAAAUGUAGUUCGUGGUCCUACUAAUUUUGAUGACAUCAAGUCGUAUCAAGGUGUAGUAUAUCCAUCCUUUAUGGAUGCAUGCUAUGCAAGAGGGCUUUUAGAUGAUGACAGAGAAUACAUAGAUGCAAUCAAUGAAGCAAGUCUUUGGUCUACUGCAACAGCAAUGAGAAAACUUUUUGUAGUCUUAUUAGCAUCCAACUUGGUUAACCGGCCCGAAAACGUAUGGUGUCAAGUAUGGCAUCACUUGGCAAAGGACGUACUAUUUAAUAGGCGGAGGUUAUUCUCCAAUGAUGAUCUGAGUUUGUCUGAUGAUGAGAAGAAGGAUUUAGCAUUAAUUGAGAUUGAGCGAUUGUUACAAAAGUACAACAAGUCCUUGAAAGAUUACCCUCAUAUGCCAAUUCCAAUUCUUGAAGAAUCUUGGAACCUCAACAAUCGUUUGUUGUGUGAUGAGCUUGGAUAUGAUCGGGAUGCUCUACUUAUAGAGAGCGGCAGGUUAGAAAGUCAAUUAACUGAUGAGCAAUCUUUGGUGUACAACACGAUCCUAAAUGAUGUACAAGAACAGAAGGGCGGCUUUUUCUUUGUUUAUAGAUAUGGCGGCACCGGAAAGACAUUUGUUUGGAAAGCACUCUCUGCAAAAAUAAGGUCACAAGGAAAAGUGGUCCUUAAUGUUGCAUCUAGCGGUAUUGCUUCUUUGCUCUUGCCAGGCGGUCGGACAGCUCACUCGCGGUUUGCUAUACCUAUUGCCGUUACAGAAGACUCGACAUGCAACAUAUCUCAAGGUAGCCAUCUUGCCCAACUAUUGAUAACUGCAAAGCUUAUAAUAUGGGACGAAGCACCAAUGAUGCACAAACAUUGCUUCGAAUGUCUAGAUAGAACUUUGAGAGAUCUUAUGCGGGUCCAAGAUUGCAAUAGUGGUAGUAAGACAUUUGGUGGUAAAACGAUGGUAUUAGGAGGUGAUUUUAGACAAAUACUACCGGUUGUGCCGAAAGGAUCAAGGCAAGAUAUUGUUUCUGCAACAAUAAACUCUUCUUACUUGUGGGGAUCAUGUCAAGUCUUGAGGUUAACAAAGAAUCUUCGCCUAAAUACAAAUGAACAAGGUGCUAAUAUUGAGGAUAUUAAAGAUUUUGCCCAGUGGUUGGCCCAAAUCGGCGAUGGUAUCUUGGGAGGCCCUAAUGACGGCUAUGCCAAAGUUAAAAUUCCUCAAGAAAUGUUGUUGCCAUCGACAGGGGACAACAUAGCAACUAUUGUGGAUAAUAUUUUUCCAAUGUUCAAAGAAGGGUGUUGUCACCAAGAGUACAUGGAGAGUCGUGCGAUAUUAGCCCCCACGCUAGAUGUUGUGAAUGCAGUGAAUGAAUAUAUGACAGAUCUCCAUGUUGCUGAAAGCCGGACAUACCUAAGUUGCGACACGGUGUGUAAGGCAGAUUCAAAUAAUGGCAUCCUAUCGGAUAUGCACACUCCAGAAUUCCUUAAUGGAUUAAAAGCAUCUGGCAUUCCUAAUCAUGCUUUAACUCUUAAAGUGGGAUCUCCACUCAUGUUGUUGAGAAAUAUAGAUCACGCAAUGGGACUUUGCAAUGGCACAAGGCUUAUUAUCACUAGAUUAUCAGAGCAUGUUAUCGAGGCAAAAAUUGUCGCUGGUCAUAACGCUGGACAAAUCGUCUUGAUACCAAGGAUGUCAAUGACGCCAACAAAUACAAGGCUUCCAUUCAAUUUUCAAAGAAGACAAUUUCCGUUAGUGUUGGCAUAUGCGAUGACCAUUAACAAAAGCCAGGGUCAAACAUUAAAGCAUGUUGGGUUACUCUUAAAGAAACCUGUUUUUGUUCAUGGCCAAUUAUAUGUUGCUGCUUCACGUGUUAGUAACCCUAAAGGGUUUAGAAUCUUAAUAUCAAAUGAUGAUGUAGAGAGUAACAAUUAUACUACGAAUGUUGUGUACCAUGAGGUUUUCAAUAAUUUGUAA